CGCCGCCUCCCCAGCCUCGCGGUACUGGAGCGGCAAUUGGCGGGGUUGCAAGGGGCUUUUGCAUAGACCACCAGUGUUACAAGAUGUCUCUCAAAGAAAAACUAAUUGAACAUGUCCAUAAGGAAGAACACGAUCAUGCCCACAACAAAAUCACUGUGGUUGGGGUUGGUGCAGUUGGCAUGGCUUGUGCCAUAAGUAUUUUGAUGAAGAUUAUGCAGUGACUGCACACUCUAAAUUGGUCAUCAUCACUGCUGGAGCUCGUCAACAAGAAGGAGAAUCUCGUCUGAACCUGGUUCAGCGCAACGUGAAUAUCUUCAAAUUCAUCAUUCCCAAUAUUGUCAAGUACAGCCCACACUGCAAGCUGCUUGUUGUUUCCAAUCCAGUGGAUAUUCUGACCUAUGUGGCAUGGAAAAUCAGUGGCUUUCCUAAGCACCGUGUUAUUGGAAGUGGCUGUAAUCUGGACUCCGCCCGUUUCCGCCAUCUGAUGGGUGACAGACUGGGUAUCCAUCCUCUCAGCUGCCAUAGUUGGAUUAUUGGAGAGCAUGGGGAUUCCAGCGUGCCUGUCUGGAGUGGUGUGAACGUUGCUGGUGUCUCCCUAAAAGAGUUGCAUCCUGAAAUGGGUACUGAUGGAGACAAGGAGAACUGGAAGGAAGUCCACAAACAGGUGGUGGACAGUGCUUACGAGGUGAUCAAGCUGAAGGGAUACACAUCAUGGGCAAUUGGUCUGUCUGUGGCUGAUCUGGCUGAAACCAUCAUGAAGAAUUUAAGGAGAGUACAUCCAAUUUCUACAAUGGUGAAGGGUAUGCAUGGAAUUAAGGAUGAUGUCUUCCUAAGUAUUCCAUGCAUUCUGGGCUCUUCAGGCAUUACAGAUGUGAUCAAAAUGACUCUGAAGACUGAAGAAGAAAAUAAAUUGAAGAAGAGUGCGGAGACACUGUGGGGAAUCCAAAAGGAGCUUCAAUUUUAAGUCUGUCUCUUUGCUGUUUACUAAUGUGAAACAGGCCUUAGUUGAUGGUUAUUUGCACUUUUCAAAUGAGACAAUUCCUUUGCAAGUAUGUAUUUGAAGCAUCAGUGGUUAAAUAACAAUAUUCCUCUUCCUCAUUUAGAAACAGAAGCUGCAAGAUUCCUAUCUUGAUCUGUGACCAAAAUAGGAAUAUAAUCUAGUUUUAUGAAGGGACAGUCAAUCCAGCAUCUACUUAACACUACUAAAUGAAAUUAUCCUGCUUUUUCCCAGUUAACAUCAGAU